AUGUGGCUCCUGGAGCGGCUGCGCAGCGUGGCGGAGAAUGGCGGGUCCCGGGGCGCAGGGCCAGAGGAGUCCCCGCGGGGGUCCCGCUACAGCAACGUCCUCACCCCCGACAAGAUCCCCGACUUCUUCAUCCCGCCCAAGCUGAGCGCAGCGCCCGCCGAGGCCGAGGGUCCCGAGCCCCCUGCAGCGCCCGCCCUGGGCCCCUCUGCCUCGGAGCAGGACCUGGCUGGGCGCAAGCCCCCGCGCAGCCCCCAGCCAUCCAGCCGGCCCCGGCCGCGGGCCACUGGCCGGCACAUCAUCCAGAUCGAGAGCGCCGAGGACUGGACAGCCGAGGGGGGCUUCGGCACCAACGUGGACCCGCAGGCACAGACAGCCAUGUCACUGCCCUACGUGCCCAAGGCGCAGACCUCCUAUGGCUUCGCCACGCUGGUGGAGAGCCCCCACACGCGGCGCAAAGAGUCGCUUUUCCACAGCGAGCACAGCAGCCUCUGCCCCUCGCCGGCCACCUCGCCCAGCGCCCAGCGUAGAGCCAAGCUCAACGGCGAGAGCGGGCCUCGGGCGCCCACCGACCUGGGCGCAGCCCUCAUGCACCCCGGCCGCUACUUCAGCGGCGGUGAGAGCGACACGUGCUCCUCGGCCGAGUCCUCGCCUUUCGGCUCCCCGCUGCUCUCCCGCUCCGUCUCGCUGCUGAAGAUCUUCAGCCAGGAGAGCCAGUCCAAGGUCAUCAAGCUGAAGCACUCUGUGGCCCGCAACAGCUCGCUGUCCACCGACGACAGCUCGGCUGACACCAGCCCCAGCGCCCAGCGCCGCGCCAGGAGCGCCCCGGCAGGGGGGCAGCCACCCACCGCCCUGCUGCCCCUGGACCUGCCACCGGGCCGUGACCGGGAGCACAGCCUGCGGCUCAGCCGGGGCGGGAGCCUGCGCCUGGCCGCUGAGUACGACCCCUCCAACGCCCGGCUGCGCGUGCGGCUCGUCUCCGCUGAGGACCUCUACGACGCCCUCGUCGACCUGCGCAGCAUCAACUGCUGUGUCUCGCUGUGCCUCAACCCCGGGAAGCUGCAGAAGCAGCGCAGCACCAUCGUCAAGAACAGCCGCAACCCCAUCUUCAACGAGGACUUCUUCUUCGAUGGCCUGGGCCCCGGCCACGCCAGGAAGAUGUCCCUGAAGCUCAAGGUGGUCAACAAGGGCAGCAGCCUUAAGCGGGACACGUUGCUGGGAGAGAAGGAGCUACCGCUCACCACCCUCCUGUCCUGCCUGUAGGUGCUUGCUGCCAGCCCCGGAGGGAGCCUGCCUGCCUGUGGGGCCGGGGC